UAAUGGCUAUAACGUGGAUAUUCAGUUAUUUAAACUUUAAAGCAACUUAAAGUCUUCACUACUCAUCAUUUAUACCGUCAUAUGGAAUCCACGAUGACAUGCACAUGAUUCAGUAGCACGUACACCAUCUUGGAACCAACCCAACCAAAAAAAAUAUGGCAAAGAAAGCAGCAGCAGUAAUCUCAAUCUCCUUAACCGCGUUCUUUGUUAUUUCCGUGUUGUCCUCCUCCGUGGAUUUUUUCCUCUACGGCGGAUGCACGCAGCAGCGCUACGCCCCCACCUCGCCCUACGAGUCCAACCUCAACUCGCUCCUCACCUCGCUGGUCAACUCGGCCACGUACGCCUCCUACAACAACUUCACCGUGGUGGGCUCCAGCCCCGCCGACGUGGCCUACGGCCUCUACCAGUGCCGCGGCGACCUCGCCAUGCCGGAGUGCGCCGCCUGCGUCGCGCGCGCCGUCCAGCGCGCCGGGGAGCUCUGCCCGGCGGCGUGCGGCGGCGCGGUGCAGCUGGAGGGGUGCUACGUGAAGUACGACAACAACACGUUUCUCGGGUUGGAGGACAAGACGGUGGUGCUGAAGAAGUGUGGGCCUGGGUCCGUUGGGCCCGGUUCGGGCGAGAGGGACGCGGUGCUGGGCGGGUUGUCGGGUUCGGGCGGGUACUUUCGGGUUGGUGGGUCGGGUGAGGUGAGGGGCGUGGCGCAGUGUUGCGGGGAUUUGAGUUUUGGCGAGUGUCAGGAUUGCGUGGGGGAGGCCAUCCGACGGUUGAGGAGCGACUGUGCGGUCGCCGAUUAUGGGGAUGUGUUCCUCGCCAAGUGUUACGCCAGGUUCUCUACCAACGGGGCCCAUGCUUACAACAAGGCCCAUCGAAAAUCGGACAACGGAGGUGAAAAGACUUUUGCAAUAAUUGUUGGACUAUUAGCGGGAGUAGCUAUACUCAUUAUUUUCCUUGCUUUCUUGAGAAGGAUUUGUGAGGGACAAGGUAAAUAAGGUAUUUUUUAAGUUUGUGAAAAUCAGUGGCAUGCAUGGCGGAGUGGUUGAUAAUUCUCAGCCUUCUCAUUGGUUUGCUUUUUGGACCUCUUUUGCUUUCUUUUUCUUUUUCUUUUUCUUUUUGCCCUAGCUCUUUCUUUAUCGUUCCCUUUAAUACAAACUUCAAUUCAAGAGACGAGGAUAUCAUAUGGGAAAUUAUUAGACGAUGGGACACUCAUUUGAAUAGAAAAGGCAAAAGCGAGAGAGGAACAAAAGAGAGUUAAAAGAUUCUGUUUUCCUCAAUCAUCCCCACUUAAAAAGUUGCGUUGCCGCGUUCCCUUGCAAAUAAUUGAUUAUAUCAUUCUUUCUUUGUUUUAUUUUUAAGCUGUAUAAGAUCUCUCACUUUCUGUAUCGCUAGUAUAUGCGUUCAUCAACUUUUGGUUGGCUAUAUCUAAUAUACAAGGCUUUUUCGUGUUA